AUGGAAAUCCUCACGGAGCCAAGCACUCACCCCCCUGAGCUUAAGGCUCAUGAGGUGCACUCUACACUGACAGACAGUUCGCUUGCUAAUCUAGCGACUACGAGCCAAAGCGUUCCAAACACAGACAUUGCACAGGAAACUUUGAGUGAGGCAGAAACGCCCGACGCAAUAGAGACCCCGAAUCUCAAAGAUCUUCCUGAAAUAAAGUCGGAGCUGUCUUUGGCUGAUGGGAGUGGUACAGAUAAUACCUGUUGCAGCAACACUGAAGUCGACGGAAGCGUUGCCACACAAAUCCCAGAUAGCACGAAGGACCAAGCUAGUAUUGUUUUUGUUGAUCCUUUUGGCACGCGUUGGACCUUUCCAUACGAGGAUUCUAAAACUUGGGAUGGAACCAAGAAACUGGUCAAAGCAGUCUUUGACACAUAUUCCAUUGAAUGGCUCGCGAAUUAUCUCGAUGAAGACGAUGACUUUGGUGAAACAUUUUCCAUUACCAAAAUCAACGAUGAACGCUCAAACGUUCUGCCGAAUCACUGGGAGAGUUUGGUCUCACCCGGAUGGGAAUUCAAGCUUGAAUUCACAUUCGAUUUGCUCUCCUCGAUUCGCAGACAGAAACGGAUCGCAGAGGAAGAAGCUGCGGAAAGGGCCGAGAAAGAGGCCAAAGAAACCGACGUGGUGGUCGAAGAAUUGAGUAAGGUGUCUUAUGUUGCAACAUAUUUGGCCCCAGACAGCGAUGGUGAUUAUCAACGCCGUAAUACUAAGCGACUCAACGACAAGACGAUUUUUACCAAGGUUUCCGACGUUCAAAUCCCCAAAUCAGUGCUCGAGGAGCAUAGGGAGGUCUACUGCAGCAACAAAUAUGCUACUGAUCCUGAAGACGACAUGUUCGAUACAAUUAGCAGUCCAGUACUCUACAUUCACUCGCCAAUCCUUCUCAAUGCCCUCAAUGCUAUUAUUGAUUGCCAAUCACGUCCAGACAGGAUCCCCCGAGUCGAAUAUCGUGUCGACGAAAUCGAAAGUGAUCUCGGACAGGGGCGGUUAGUGUACCCUUUCACUGAUCUUCAUUAUUACCGAGAGAGAUUGCUCCAGUAUCGAGAGGAAGUGGGGGAAACACAUGACAGCGAGUACACUACAACAUGUCAAGAACAUAUUGACAUUCUGGUUGGAUAUAUGGAUGGUCUAGCGGGGAUUGGCUUGAGAAACGCCGAGCUUCUCUGGAACAACGAAGUCCCAAAGACGACUUUCACCUCUCUCUGGCUCCUGCUCAAGCCUGGGACAGACGUCUUCGUUCAGGAACAAGGGAAACUAAAUGCAUAUGUCAUCGAAUCGUUUUCGGGAGGAGUGCCAUGGGGUUUGCAUAAUGCUCGUUCGCGGCCAUACCUUGUGAAUGUCUGGAAUCUCAACUUUGAUGGCCAAGUUCUAAGCCGUUCCGUUAAAGAAGUCAGCAUUUCGAUCUUUGACGGCCAACGUGAGAUUACCUCGCUCCCUCUAUUCCCAAUCAAGUUUUAUGUGGACGAGGACCCACAGAAUUCUCUACGUCAGCAAUUGGUGGACCGAGGGAAAAGGUUUGUCAAAAUGGUGAAGGCACCUACGUUCCAGGAGUACAACGGCCCAAGUAGACUGCAAGGUAACCGAACGUUCAACCAAACGCGAGUCGUCGUUGACCACACUAGUCAACCAUGGAGACUGGGUGAGAUCGCCAGUGAAAAGCACGCCCAUUUGCCGAUUGCCGAAGUCUACAAUGUCGAGCUGGGCCAACGAACAAGGGAGGCGAAAUGUCUAUGCAAAACAUGCCAAGCCAACAAUCUGCGCCAACAUGGCACCCAACGUCGCAUUUUCGACGACUACGAUAAUAUUGAUUUGAGUUCGCUUUCGACACUGACUGAUCAUCAAUAUCUACUCUGUUGGUCGCAUGUGUAUGCUUACGUGCUAAAAGACCGCGUCUGGGAUGUAUUGGAUGUAUCAAAUCUGAGGGACCCAAAAAUACAUAAAGAUAUCAUUGACACGCUGGUACUGAAGCCUGAAAGCAACAAGCAAAUGAUCAAGGCCGUUUGCGAGAUAUUUGGGGGAACCUACAAGCAGGCUUUCUCUUCGGACUUCAUUCAGGGCAAAGGAGAAGGACAGAUCUUGCUACUGCAUGGUCCUCCAGGAACAGGAAAGACUCUCACAGCUGAGUCUGUGGCAGAGUAUACAGGUCGACCUCUUCUCAACAUCACUGCCGCUGAUUUAGGCCAUGAACCGGUGCCACUCGAACAAAAUCUGCUUCGUUUCUUUAGAAACGCAAGACAUUGGAAUGCAAUCGUUCUUCUUGAUGAAGCGGAUGUUUAUCUCGAAACUCGGUCUGCCCAGGAUCUUCGACGAAAUAGCAUUGUUUCUAUUUUCCUGCGAGCCCUAGACUACUUCCAGGGUAUUCUUUUCCUGACGACGAAUCGCGUGGGAAGUUUCGAUGAAGCCGUCAUGUCACGAAUUCACGUGCAGAUCGGAUAUGACCCACUCGAUGAGGACUCGAGAAAGCAAAUUUGGGACGGUUACUUCAAGAAGCUCUCCAAAAAUCAUAACAAUGAUGGGCAGGAGAUCCGUUGCUCAUAUGAUGCCAAAGAAUUCGUUCGCAAGUCGGACGAUCUCCGGGCCCUCAGAUGGAACGGUCGCGAGAUACGAAACGCAUUCCAAACUGCCGUGGCUCUUGCAUGCUUCCAGGCAAAGCAGGAGGGGAAUUCUAUUCCUGAGCUGACAGAUGAUCAUCUUCGACAAGUCGUGAACAUGUCUCAUAAUUUCAAGAGUUACGUGAAAGCGGUUCGCGGAAAAGAAGAAGAUUAUGCUUAUGCGGCAGGAGUCAGAAACGAUAACACAAGGUCUUCUGGGGGCAGUGAUGAACGAAUGAGAAGCGUGGGUAUUCCUAACUUCUAA